AUCGUGAUUUAUAUGUGUGUAAAGUAAAAGCAAGGGCGCAGGUGCCAAGUUUUACCAGGUGCCUGCAUUGGCAUUGGCAUUGUUGCAGGUAAAAUUGGAACCGGAGGGUGUUCCAUUAUUGCUGGAGUGGUCAUUUCAAAGCGAUGGCUCUGGGCUGGUGGGUGGCAUGAGCCUACCUUGCCACAAGAUCAUGCUAUGAGGCAAACAGGCAGCGACGUGCUACUGUGGCUCUUUUCCUCAAAAUGGAGGGCUACUCCGCUGACCGCCGGGACCCCACGCAGCGCCCAUCACCCGAACCCUUUCACGUUUCCACCUCUUCCCCUCGCGCGCCCAAUUUUAGCUCAUUUUAGCCAGCCAACCGACCCACACCUCACACUCGCACGGCUACACUAGCUGGGACACUCCCAAAAACCCUCGUCCUCUCCCCUGCCGUUUCCACCGCCGCGACGAGAUGCCGACCACGCCGUCGCCCGGCGACCUCCCCGGCCGCAGGCCCCGCCGCCUGAUCAUCGACGACGUCGACGACGACGACGGCCACCACGCGCCGGAGGUCGCCGCGGCCGGGAGCCAGCGCGUCGAGGCGGAAAGCGCCCAGGAUUUAGUGCCAAACCCGCUCGCGCCCUCGUCCUCUUCGCAGCCGGUGGCUGCACCGGCCACCGGCGCCAAGCCCGCCGAGAUCAUCGAGAUCGACGACGACGACGACGACGACCGCGUGCCGGAGGUCGCCACGGUCGGGAGCCAGCGCGUCGAGGCGGAAAGCGCCGGGGAUUUGUUGCGAAACCCGCUCGCGCCCUCGUCCUCUUCGCAGCGGGCGGAUGCACUGGGCACCGGCGGCCAUCCCGCCGAGAUCAUCGAGAUCUCCGACGACGACGGAGAAGAAAAAGAUGUCGGCGAGACCGGGGGACCUGUCAAGAAGGAGCCUGUCGAUGACAUCGACUGGCCCUCUCUCCUCUUGUCAAGCGAGGAGGAGGAGGAGGCCCGAAGGUCUGACGAGAGUACGAGCAGCGGCGGCCCCGAUGGAACGAGCAACGGAAUUGAGACGAGUCGGCGAGAGGGUGCCUCUGACGAUGGCGAGGAGGAGGGGGAGGAGGAGGUGGGGAUGCCGGAUCCAGAGGAUAAGGACGGUGCAGAGGACGCGCAUGAGGAAGAAGAUAAAGAGGAGGAAGAGGAAGAUAAAGAGGAAGAUGAAUGGGAGCAGGAAGAAGAGGAAGAAUCGGAGGAAUCGGAAGAAGAUUCCGAGGAACCUGAGGCAGAGGAAGAACCGGGCCGUCGCGUGCUUAGCGAUGCCAGGCUCGCCGGUCGGUACACGGGGCCGCGGCCGGGCGGCGAGAUCUUCCUCAAGCGCAAGUUUGAAGGGUGGUACAUCACCAAGAUGGCGGACACCGCCUCUCCCGGCGGCACCGUCGCGUCGCGGCUGCGGUCAAAGCGGAGAUGCCCCGACGCGAAGCUGCUCCGGCAAGCCACCCUCAGAAAGCCGUACUGCGUCGACACGCCCUCGCAGUCCAGCUCGGAGGCAGAGGAGGACGACAAAGACAAACCACCGCCUCAUCCAGCGCGGUCGUCCAGUGACGAGGGCGGGCGCGGACAUGGCAGGACGGGGAUAAGGCGCCCACGGCGCCGAGGACAAAACGCCGAUGAUGACUCUGACGAAGACGGCAGAUCGGCGACGAGGCGGCGCCGAGGACAAAACGCUGCCCACACCGAUGAAGACUUUGAGGAACCCGGCGGAAUGGCUGCCGCGAGAAGGGAGAAGCAGCGCAUGGAAGAAGAUGAUGCUGCUGCUGACGGCGGCGAUGAGGCUGAUGAGCAGGGAGCUUCCCGGAGGGCAAAGAAAGAAGGAGCGGCGUCCUGCCGGCAGGCGGCCGGCCGCAAGGGCAAGGACUUCCCCGCAGAGGGAUGGGAGCAGCAGGGCGAUGUCACCUUCAAGAAGAGCUCCCUGGUUCCUCCGAGGCGGCAGGACGGGCGAGACCAAGAGACUUACGACGAUCUGCUCUACUCCAUUUUCGAGGGAAUCGAGACCACUCUUCAGAACGCCUCUGCUCCUCUGGACGCCCCUGUUCCUGCACCAGAGCAGGGAGGCGAUCCGUUUCCUCUGGUGUUCUCCUUCGGGGUUGUAGAUAAGGUGGUGCCGGAGAAGACUGCUCUGGACGACCUGUGGGCACAACGUGACUUGGCCUUGGACUUGGAGGCCGAAUCCAACAAGGUUUCUUCUCACACUUGCCACAAGGACGCAGAGAGCGAUGAGCAUGAAAUUCCUGCACAUGGAAGGACUUUUUGCAAGCGAGGGAAGCAUGAUCUCUUUCAUGAUGAUCAAAUCGGCAUUCGAUGCCGAAAAUGUGAUUACAUCGAAAUCGAAAUUAGACACGUAUUUCCAUCCAUGGCCAAGGAAUCGACGGAUAGGGAGCCAGCAGCGGAGCAUGAUAGGCUUGACAUGUUCGUUGAUGACAUCCUGAAAUCAGUUGGUUAUGAAGGGGCAAGCAACGUGGCACUGGGAAGUGACAAAACUGGCGUCGUCUGGGAUCUCAUUCCUGGGGUACGGGAAGACAUGUUCCCACACCAGCGGGAAGGGUUCGAGUUCAUGUGGAGAAAACUCGCAGGAGGGAUCGACAUUGAGCAGCUGAGGCACACCAUGAACACUGACACCACAAGUGGCUGUGUGAUCUCUCAUGCCCCGGGUACCGGCAAGACCAGGCUAGCAAUCACAUUCGUGCAGUCUUACCUGGAGCUCUUCCCGCACUGCAGGCCAGUUAUCAUUGCCCCCAGGGGUAUGCUGGCUACAUGGGAGCAGGAGUUCAGUAAAUGGAAUGUCAAGCUCCCAUUCCAUGUCCUCAGUUCCAGUGAGAUCCAGUGGGAUCAAGACAAGACCAUCCAGAAACUGGUCUCCAAGGAUCAUGGUCUGGGCCAGAAGCUGGCCAUGAAGAAACUGAGCCAGAAAUCCAAGAUGAUGCUGAAGCUUGCAUCAUGGUAUGAAGGGAGCAGCAUCAUCGGUCUAAGCUAUUCGCUCUACAGGAAUCUUGCCAAGGGCGAAGGCAAGGAUGGAGAAAUGCAGAGGAACCUGCUUCUUGAGAAGCCCGGCUUGCUGGUCCUCGACGAGGGGCACACACCAAGGAACAAGAAGAGCCUCAUUUGGAAAGUUCUCGCAGAGGUCAGCACCGAAAAGCGGAUAAUCCUGUCAGGGACUCCAUUCCAGAACAACUUCCUAGAGCUGUACAACAUCUUGUGCCUGGUUAAGCCCAAGUUUGCCAAAGAUUUUGCUUGUACAAGACUCAGCAAGAAAGGAGUUGCUUCCACCAGCCAAUCAAGAGCAGCGCCUUAUGUGGAGGAGGAUGAAGGCAAAGAAUUCUGGAGUUCAUUAAGGAUAAGUAACAUCACGGAUGAACACAUCACUGAAAUCCGGGAAAAGCUGGGCCCUUUUGUGCACAUCCAUAAUGGUGACAUUCUUCAGAAGUCUCUUCCAGGAUUGAGAGAAUCUGUUGUGAUCCUGAACCCUCUUCCUCGUCAGAAGGAAAUCAUCGCAAUGAUGGAGGAAAGUGCAGGGAAGGGUUUUCUUGACGCAGAAUACAAGAUAUCUCUUGCGUCCAUACACCCAUUCCUCGUCACAAGCACAAAGCUGUCAGACACAGAAGCCUCUGUUGUGGACAAGAUGAAGAGCGUGCGGCUGAACCCAUGCGAAGGAGUGAAGACAUGGUUCGUUUUCGAGAUCAUCCGUCUUUGCGAAGCACUGAAAGAAAGAGUGCUGGUGUUCAGUCAGUACCUUGAGCCACUGGCCCUGAUCAUGGACCAGCUUACCACAGAGCUAGACUGGACAGAAGGCAAGGAGAUCCUACUCAUGAGUGGAAAUGUGCGUGUUAAACAGCGCGAAGCCUUGAUGGAAGCCUUCAACGACAUGAACAGUGAGGCUAAGGUGAUGCUUGCAUCAACCAAGGCCUGCUGUGAAGGAAUAACAUUGGUCGGUGCAUCGCGUGUGGUUCUCCUUGAUGUCGUCUGGAAUCCUUCUGUUGGACGGCAGGCGAUUGGCCGAGCCUAUAGAAUCGGCCAGGAGAAGAUUGUGUACACAUACAACCUGAUUGCAGAAGGAACAAAGGAGAAGGUCAAAUAUGACAGACAAGCUACCAAGGAUCACAUGUCCAAAUUACUGUUUUCAAAUGAACCGCAACCUACUGGGAGCAAUCUGUCACCAGAACUGAUUUCCAAUGAUAGGAUUUUGGAAAAAAUGGCUGCACGUGAAGAACUCAAAGACAUGUUUGUGCAGAUUCUCCCUUCCCAUUGACUGCAGAAAUUACAGCUCAAUCUUGGAGGUCUGAUGAUUCUACAUUCCAUCGAUAUCGGAAUCUUCAGAGUCUCCAAAUAAUAACUGGCAUCUUGCUGCCCCUGUGGAAUAGCUGCUCCUAGAACUCUUGUGGUGGUGUAUUGUAGGGUACCAGUGGGUUUUCGUCCCUUAGUUUGUCUCUUAAUUGACGAGGAACAGCGGGUUUCCCAUUAGUGUGUCGAACUCGUUUCUUUCCCUUUCUCUCCUUUCUUGCUUUCUGUAAGACUUGGUAUUUCCGAUAUUAUUUGCCUGGUAGUGAACUAUAUAAGUUUAUCUAUACCAAUAUAAAAAGAUCCAAAGAGGGAGAUCCAACUGAUCUCGACCAUCAAACUAAGUCAAUCUAACAACCUAGACUGCUCCAAUGUUGAGCGUUCAACGUGUUUAACGUGUAAUUAAUAUCAUACCAAAUAUUGCACUAAUCACAGAAUUAACAUACAAAUAAUAGCAUACAUAAUAUACACAUGCAAUUAAUAUAUUGCUUAAAUAUUAAUGUGCAACACGUGCAAUUAAUAUAUUGCCUGAAUAUUAACGUGCGUUGCACGUGCGCGUUUACUAGUUUGUAUUAGUUACUGUCCCACAUUGCUUGCUUUGGUCCCAAGGUAGUUCUACCUUUUUACUAGAUACUACUAUGACAUAGCUUAAGAGCCCUACCAUGCCAAACUGCCAAACAUGCCAGGUGACUUUUCCAUUCAACUAUGUUAUCAGGUUAGCACCAUAAGUCAAGAGAAUCCUAUCCUGAAAGCAAGAAACAUAUGCAUGAUUUAAAUUGACUUGAGUUUAUUUUGAAUUUGUACAAUAUACUUCAACUGCUGGAAUGUUAGUUUGUCGUGGUCCGUCUUCAGAUUUGAACUGUAAUUGUAUUGGAGUUUAUUUCGAUUUUUUAUGAUAUACUCCCUCCUUUCCGGUUUAUAGGGCUUAUCUCAAAAUUUUAGUUUUCUCAUUUUAUAAGUCUCAAUUUGGUUGUUCCCCAUCACAUGUUCAGAUUUCAAGGUGCAAUAAAUCAUUGCAUGCAAGUAUUAAGAGAAAAUUGACCAAUGCAUGUACUUUAUGCAUGCAUGCAUUGCAAUUAAUGCAUUGGUAAACACAAUUUUUUUAAGAAAACAAGCGCAUUAAUUGAGUGGUUUUGCAAACUACAAAAAUUGUUUCACCACUCACCAUCUACCUUGGUUGGUGAGAUUUUCGAAUUGAACCCUAUAAACCGGAAAGGAGGCAGUACUUCAACUGCUAGAAUGCAAGUUUGUCAUGGUCACCUGUCUUCAGGUUUGAACUGCAAUUUCAUGGGAUCUCAACUAAUUGACAUGAUAACUAUUGAGUAACAUGCAACAAUCAGUUGGAAAAAUAAAAGCUUUAUACAAAUUACUUAAACUAGUACAAAAAUAAUUUAAAUGUUUUUUUGUUAUCACUAUAUUAUGGAAGAUUGUUUAAUUUUCUGUAUUAUUUUCUGUAAAGGAAGAUUUUAGUGUCAAUUUCCUCUCUCCAGGAUGUCAAUUCAGUCAUGAAAGCUGUGAUAGUGUUGCCUUUUUGUUGCAUAAGAUUUAGUAGAUUGACUCAAUCUUAAGACUACUAUUAUUUCUAUCACUGUACAUUUUCAGGUUGUUUUCUGUUUGCUCUGGUUUACUCUGCCGGCUAGCUACCUGGUCUAUAUACUCCCUCCGUCCCAAAAUAAGUGACUCAAUUUGUACUAGUUUUAGUACAAAGUUAGUACAAACUUGAGUCACUUAUUUUGGGACGAAGGGAGUACUUCUUAUUCCAGCUUUAAAUCAGGACAAUUGACAAGCUGCACUGCUGCCUUUUGAUCAAAAAUGAGGAAGAAGUAACAACUUUGUAAUUUGGCGUGUAGAAAGGCACCGGACUGUGCCAGAGUUAGGGCAGCAAAAAGUAAUAAGUAUCUUGAAUGAAGAUUUCUACCUAUAUUUGUUUUGUUACUAUAUACUCCAGUUCCAACAGUUGCCGUUCUGCAUCGUCAAACAUUCUAAAAACUGAACAUGUCCUCUGGCAGGAUAAUGCUAUCAACAGAUUAGCCUUGAAAACUUUCAUAUCAAUAUAUUUUUAUAAACGAGUAUGUCAAUACUUCAGUGAAGAAGAUAAAGGUGAAUACCUGGAUGGUGAAUAGUGACAGAUAGCUGGGCAGAUGAGCCGUGAGUCCAUCUCAUACGACGCAUAACGCAUUGGUGGAUUAAUUUGGUUGGACAGGACCAUCUUGAAUCUGUUGCAAUUUUUCUCCAGCACCAUCUGAUCUAGGAUUCUCCAUGCACUCCUCCCCUCAGAGAAAUAUUUAAUCUUACUCAACUGACCAGUGUGAAACAUAUAGGUAGCCUCAAAAAAUUCUGGAUUAUUUGUGUUUGUGAAUGCGACGCACAAAAGAAUUGGAUUUGAGUUUUCAUAUGUUAAAACCUAUGAAUCAUCAAUCAACAUAUAGGCAAUGAGACCAGAAACAGGAAACUCCUGAAAAACUACUGACUUCCAUAACUUCCAUCAAAGUAUGGCUCCAAAUUAAAAUAAUUUGGUAAGCAUAUGAAAUCAUGAAUGGAAUUGCCCCACCAUAAACUGAAUUUUAUUCAUUCUUGUGGCUGACAGCUUACAAUUGUUCCACAUUGAAAAGAAAUCAACACAUGGCAGAGAUACUAGUGUGAUUUAUACCUGCACAAAGCAUCAGAAUGUGACCUAAACAAAUGAAAACAUUGCAUACACA